AUGUAUUUGUCUUUCAGACUGACAUCCCUGCUGUGAAUGGCUUUGUCUGUGGACUCUGCUUUGUACCGUUGGCAGCGACUAGGAGCUGAAAGUCCUUCUCAGACUCUAUCAGAAUUGGCACCACUACUGUUUUCUGUCAGAGACAAAGCAAAACUCAACUUAGACAAAUGGAGGAUUGUGUUUCCCAACAAUGGGAGACAGCAGAAAGACUGGAAACAAGCUUCUACAUUUUAUUCUGGAAACAGGAUACAGACCACAAAAUAUACAUGGUUCACUUUUUUGCCCCAAAAUCUUUUUGAGCAAUUUCACAGGCUGGGUAAUAUUUAUUUCUUCUUUCUGGUGGUUCUGAACUGGUUCCCACAAGUGGAAGUCUUCCACAAAGAGAUUACUAUGCUGCCUCUGAUUGUAGUACUGCUUGCCAGUAUGAUUAAGGAUGCUGUUGAAGACUACAGAAAAUACCAAUUUGAUAAGAUGAUAAACUUCUCUAAAACCAGGGUAUAUGACAAGGAAGAACGUGCCUAUGUUGAGAGAUGCUGGAAAGAUGUCCAAGUGGGGGAUUUUGUGCAGCUGCAGUGUAACGAGACCAUCCCAGCUGAUAUCCUCCUGCUGUACUCCUCUGAUCAGAAUGGGAUCUGUCAUUUGGAAACUGCCAACCUCGAUGGGGAGACCAACCUUAAACAACGACAAGUCGUGACUGGGUUCUCCAGCCAGAAUACUUUGUUUGAACCUGAAUUUUUCCAAAACACCAUCAUCUGUGAAAUGCCUAAUAAUGAUCUCAAUAAAUUCAAAGGGUACAUGGAGCAGCCAAAUCAUGAACGGAUUGGUUUUAACAUUGAAAGCCUCUUGCUUCGUGGAUGUACAAUCAGAAAUACUGAAGCUGCAAUAGGAAUUGUUAUAUAUGCAGGUCAUGAAACUAAGGCCAUGCUAAAUAACAAUGGUCCUCGAUACAAACGCAGCAAGAUAGAGCGACGGAUGAAUAUCGAUAUUUUCUUAUGUGUGGGACUCCUAUUCAUGAUGUGUCUUGUUGGAGCUAUAGGGCAUGGCAUUUGGACUAGAAACUUCUUAGAGCAUCCGCCUUAUGAUGUCCCAGAUGAGAAUGGCGAUUUUCUGUCUCCAGUUCUUGCUGGUAUCUACAUGUUCUUGACAAUGAUAAUCCUGUUGCAGGUUUUAAUCCCCAUUUCUCUUUAUGUGUCCAUUGAGUUAGUCAAGUUGGGCCAAGUCUUCUUAAUUCACAAUGACAUUGACCUGUUUGAUGAAGAAGCAGAUUUGCCCAUACAGUGCCGUGCCCUAAAUAUUACUGAAGAUCUUGGACAAAUCCAGUAUAUCUUCUCAGACAAAACUGGAACACUAACAGAAAACAAAAUGGUAUUCCGACGCUGUACUAUAGAUGGAAUUGAGUUUUCACAUCAGGAAAAUGCCAGGCGCCUGGAAACGCACAAAGAGUUGGAUUUAGAUGAUGAGGACUUAGCAAAACUUCAACAUUUUACUCUCCCUCCCAUGAAUAUUGAGAGACCAGCCACUUAUAAGCAGAGGACCAUGAGACCUUUAAGGAGGUGCCAGAGUGCCAGGGCUCAUUUUCAGGGGCAUACAAGGAACAGGUCACUCGGUCGUCGUGACAGCAACCAGUCUCAAGUGGCAUUCAGCAGUACCAUUGAAAAGGAUGUGACUCCCGAUAGCAGACUGCUGAGGCGAGUGAGAGAAGCUGCACUCCAGACUGAAGAUCUUUCUCCUUUUAUACAUAUGAAGACUUCUCCAUCCCUUACUGACUUUUUCCUUGCCCUUGCUAUCUGCAACACAGUCCUGGUCUCCACAGCUACUGAGCCAAGACAAAGGGUCACAGUCCCACCACCAAUAAAACCUUCAGGAAUCACCCUGGAGAAGAUUCAUCAGAUAUUUCAACGGCUAAAAUUAGCAAGCCUUAGUCAGUCUUUAUCAUCAUCUCAGUCUAGUUCAGAUCUAGGUGCUAGCUUCAAUGCAAAGAACACUGAGGAACAUCUUGCUGCAUUGGGUUGCUGUGACAAUGAUGAUGACUGCUGCACCAGCAGUAGAGGUGAUGAGCUCCGGGGUAAGGGCAGCACAGAUAUUGGUAGUGCUUCCUUGGAUGAAGUUUUUAAAUCUGUCACUAACAAUUCUUUGCCAACAGACUUUUGUUAUGAGGCUGAGAGCCCAGAUGAGGCAGCGCUUGUCUAUGCUGCCCAGGCAUAUAGUUUUACUUUAGUGUCCCGAACUCCCGAACAUGUGACUGUACGGUUGCCACAAGGCACACUCCUGACUUUCGAUAUUCUCUACACUUUGGGAUUUGACUCAGUAAGGAAAAGGAUGUCUGUAGUGGUGAGACACCCUCUAACCAAGGAGAUUGUUGUCUACACAAAAGGAGCUGACUCUGUUAUAAUGGACUUGCUGGAAGACUCUGCCAAAGCUGACAUUAGUGCAGAGAAGAGAAUGAAAAGAAUAAAAGAAAAAACACAGAAGCAUCUGGACUAUUAUGCCCGUGAUGGCCUACGAACUCUGUGCAUAGCUAAGAAGGUCUUGAAUGAAGAUGACUUUCAAAAAUGGGCCAAUUUUCGUCGGGAGGCAGAAGCUGCAAUUGACAACAGAGAUGAGCUGUUAAUGGAGACAGCUCAGCAUCUGGAGACCAAACUCACCUUGUUGGGAGCAACAGGGAUUGAAGACAGGCUGCAAGAUGGAGUGCCUGACACUAUUGCAGCUCUUCGAGAAGCUGGGAUACAAAUCUGGGUGUUGACAGGAGACAAACAGGAAACAGCAGUUAACAUUGCAUAUUCCUGUAAACUCCUGAAGCAAAGAGACACUGUCUUCACCAUUAAUACUGAAAAUAAG